GAUUACGAGAUGAAGAAGAUCUUUGCGUUCACCGCACGCUGUAUUCCUGUUGAAUGCGUAUUUGUGUAGAAGUCAGUGGUCAUGGCGGGGCUCGAGUUGCUGUCAGAUCAGGGAUACAGGCUCGAUGGACGAAAAGCCUCCGAGCUGCGUAAAGUGCAGGCUCGCAUGAGUGUGUUUGCUCAAGCCGACGGGUCCGCUUAUCUGGAGCAGGGAAACACCAAAGCGCUCGCGGUGGUUUAUGGUCCGCACGAGACACGAGGUUCUCGCAGUAAAUCCCUGCAUGAUCGUGCAGUCAUUAACUGUCAGUACAGCAUGGCCACAUUCAGCACGGCGGAGAGGAAGAGACGUCCACACGGUGACCGCAAGUCCAGCGAGAUGAGCCUUCACUUGAAACAGACCUUCGAAGCGGCGGUUCUUACUCAGCUCUAUCCACGAUCACAAAUCGACAUCUAUGUAAAGAUUCUGCAGGCAGAUGGUGGAAACUACAGCGCAUGUGUAAAUGCUGCCACUUUGGCUCUGGUGGACGCAGGCAUCCCCAUGCGUGACUAUGUGUGUGCCUGCACCGCCGGCUUUGUGGAAGACACGCCGCUGGCUGAUCUUUGUCACGUAGAGGAGAGCGGAGGAGGCACAUCGCUGUCAUUGGCCCUGCUGCCCCGCAGUGGGAACAUCGCCCUGCUGCAGAUGGACGCCCGUCUCCAUCAGGACCACUUGGACACGUUAAUGGAGGCGGCCAUGACCGCGAGUAAAGGUCUUAGUAAAGUCCUGGAUAGUGUUGUGAGCCAACAUCUGAAGGAGGUUUCGGUUCUAACCAGGGACUGAGGAGGAGAGCAGCUUUUGGUGAUCAGACUGACGCUUUGGAUGACUAGAAUGAGUCAUUAUUCGUGACUAAUCGCAUGCAAAAUAAACAUUUUUGUUGACAUAAUA